GGUGGCGUGUCAACUACAGCAACUACAGGGUGCCACCUGCAUAUGCAGACAGCACAAGAAGCUCGCGACUGCUCGUCUUCAUUUGCGUCGUAUUCAAAAAUAAUAAACAUAGACGGGCGUAGAUCUUUUCAAGGCAAACUCAGCUGGCGUUUGUUAAAUCAUGAUCUGUUGAUAUUCCGACUGUAUCAGGCACUCGGCUGUGUUAGCAUGUCUGCUAGCUGCGACUUUACUUGACUGAAGAUCUUUAGACAUGUCGCGUCAGUAACAUAUACAUCCAAGUGUCUGUAUUUAACAGAAAGGCCGUCGUCGUCGUCGUUGUCUUGUGCGAAAGUCCUAUGGUCGAGUUUUGUAAAUAAGAGCAGCAGCAGCAGCCCUUGCUAACGCGAAGCUAGCCGUCUAAAUUUGACCCUAAACAUCUUCGCGAGCUGCGUUUCAAGUCAACUAACGGGAUGGACACACGAUCGACCCUCACGUAAAUGAGAACGAGCGAAAAAUAUCGGGAACAUAAGCAGCAGAAUGGAUUAAAUGACUGUUACCCUUGAAUAUUUAAAGUUUAAAGUGCGCUGCUCCUCACGCGAGUUAGCUAGCCGUGCACGCUAGCUCAGCAACCCCAAACAAGUGAAUGUUGCUGCUUCAUCUCUUGUUGCUUGUGUCUCUGUGAUGGACAUGGAGACAGCUGCCUGUGAGCCAACUCAUCAGAAUGGUUACGUCCACCGUGAGGAGCUCUGCCUGAAGCAGCCCACCGUUCUCAAAAUCCACCUCUACCACAGCAGCCGGAGCGAUGCUGACUGCCCAACACUCAGUUACCCACAAGGAGAGUACAUUACCGAACAGCUCAUCGUCGACACUGCCAAGGAGUGUGGAGUGUCACCAGUCUACUGCAGCCUGUUUGGACUGUACAGAGAAGAUGAAGGGGUCUGGCUAUCACCCAAUCAUGUUCUUCAUUUAGACGAAACAGCCAAUGAGAAUUUGUUGUUUAGAAUUAGGUACUACUUUCCAGGCUGGUACAGUUGUGGGACGUCUCGGGCAUAUCGCUAUGGAGUAACUAAGGGAUCUGAGAGUCCUGUACUGGAUGACUAUGUCAUGGCUUACCUCUUUGCCCAGUGGAGGAGUGACUUUGUAAAUGGCUGGGUGAAGUUAUCCAAUGACCAUGAGACUCAGGAGGAGUGCCUUGGCAUGGCUGUGCUGGACAUAAUGAGGACAGCCAAAGAGAGGCAGUGCUCCCCGCUGGACAUCUAUUAUAACAUUAGUUACAAGUCCUUCCUUCCUAAAGACAUGAGAGAACGUAUCCAGGACUAUCACUUCAUCACACGGAAACGUAUCCGUUAUCGCUUUCGGAAAGUCAUCCAGCAGCUCAGCCAGUGCCGAGCCUCAGCACGAGACCUAAAGCUCAAAUACCUGAUCAGCCUGGAGUCUCUGAACUCGGGCUUCUACACCGAAUGCUUCCAGGUCAAAGAGCCCUCAGCCGAGCAGGUCACCAUCGUCGUCUCUGCAGACCACGGUAUCCAGUGGUGUCGAGAACGACACAAAGACACACAGUCUGAGGACCUGCAGACAUAUUGUGAUUUUGCAGAAGUGGUUGAUAUCAGUAUCAGACAAGCCAGCAAAGAGGGAACCAACACGAGCCGAAUAGUCUCAAUCAACAGACAGGAUGGAAAAAUGCUAGAGCUGGUGUUCUCCACCUCGAUAGAGGCGUUGUCAUUUGUAUCUCUUAUCGAUGGAUACUACAGACUGACCACAGAUGGCCACCACUACCUCUGCAAGGAUGUUGCCCCACCCCAUCUGCUAGAGGCAAUUGAGAGCUACUGCCACGGGCCAAUAUCAAUGGAGUUUGCAAUCAGUAAAUUACGCAAGGCAGGAAAUCAGAGAGGUCUGUAUGUGCUACGGUGCAGCCCCAAAGACUUCAACAAAUACUUCCUGACUCUUGCAGUUGGGGCGUAUGAGGAUGUAGAGUACAAGCACUGUCUGAUCACCAGGUCUGAGAGUGGAGACUACAAUCUUAGUGGAACCAAAAGGAGUUUCAGAAGCUUGCAAGAACUGCUCAAAUGUUACCAAAAGGAAACUGUGAAAUCAGACACUGUUAUCUUUCAGUUCAGCAGGUGCUGUCCUCCAAAGGCCAAAGAGAAGUCGAGUUUGUUGGUGUGUCGCAGUCAUCGGGGUUUGGAUGUUCCCCUCUCCUCCUCACUGCAGAGACACAACAUCAGUCAAAUGGUGUUUCACAAAAUCAAGAAAGAAGACCUUGAUCUUGAUGUGAGUCAGGGUCAGGGAACAUUCACCAUGAUCUUUAAAGGGAUUCGUAGGGAACAGGGAGACUAUGGAGAGACUCAUAAGACUGAGGUCAUCGUCAAAGUCUUGGACAAGGCACACAGAAAUUACUCUGAGUCAUUCUUUGAAGCUGCCAGUAUGAUGAGCCAGCUCACACACAAGCAUCUAGUGUUGACGUAUGGCAUCUGUGUGUGUGGGGAAGAGAACAUCAUGGUACAGGAAUAUGUGAAAUUUGGAUCUUUAGACACAUACCUUAAGAAAAACAAGAACUCCAUAUCAGUCAAUAUCCUGUGGAAGCUGGAGGUGGCCAAGCAGCUCGCCUGGGCUAUGCUCUUCUUGGAGGAGAAGAAUCUGGCUCAUGGGAAUGUUUGUGCGAAAAAUAUCCUUUUGAUAAGAGAGGAGGACAGAACAUUGGGAAACCUUCCUUUCAUCAAACUAAGUGACCCUGGCAUCAGCAUCACAGUGCUGCCCCGAGAGAUUCUUGUGGAGCGAAUCCCCUGGGUGCCCCCUGAAUGCGUCCUAGACCCCAAAAACCUCAGUCUUGCCACAGACAAGUGGAGCUUUGGUACAACUUUAUGGGAGAUAUGCAGCGGAGGGGAAAAGCCACUCGCCAAUAUGGACAAUUCCAAGAAACAAUUAUUUUAUGAAAACCGCCAUCAACUUCACGCUCCCAAGUGGACUGAGCUCGCUAACCUGAUCAACAGUUGCAUGGACUAUGAGCCAACAUUCAGACCUUCAUUCAGAGCUGUUAUACGAGACCUCAACAGUCUUUUCUGUCCAGAUUAUGAGAUUGUGAAGGAGAGUGACAUACUGCCCAGCAGAGCAGCAGCAUCUGGUUUCAGUACUGGAGUGUUUGAGAAUGAGGAGCCAGUGCAGUUUGAGGAGAGACAUCUCAUUUUCCUGCAGCAGCUGGGCAAGGGAAAUUUUGGCAGUGUGGAAAUGUGCAGGUAUGAUCCCCUGCAGGACAACACUGGUGAGGUAGUGGCAGUGAAAAAAUUGCAACACAGCACCACUGAGCACAUCCGGGACUUUGAGCGGGAAAUUGAGAUCCUCAAAUCCCUUCAGCAUGAGAACAUUGUGAAAUAUAAGGGCGUGUGCUACGGUGCAGGAAAGAGAAACCUUCGGCUGAUUAUGGAGUACCUACCAUACGGCAGUCUACGAGACUAUCUCAACAAGAAUAGAGACAGGAUUGACCACAUGAAACUUGUGCAUUAUGCCUCUCAAAUAUGCAAGGGCAUGGAAUACCUUGCUACGAAGCGUUACAUUCACAGAGACCUGGCCACACGAAACAUCCUAGUGGAGAGCGAGUUCCGGGUGAAGAUUGGUGACUUUGGCCUGACUAAGGUCUUGCCUCAGGGCAAAGAAUACUACAAGGUUAAAGAACCUGGGGAGAGUCCAAUAUUCUGGUAUGCGCCCGAGUCCCUUACUGAGAGCAAGUUCUCAGUAGCAUCAGACAUCUGGAGUUUUGGAGUGGUUCUGUAUGAGCUCUUUACAUACAGCGACAAGCUCUGUAGCCCACCUACAGUUUUCUUGCGUAUGAUGGGAGGUGACAAGCAGGGACAGACCAUAGUCUAUCAUCUCAUCGAGCUGUUGAAAAGAGGAAACCGUUUACCUCAACCUGUGGGCUGUCCAUCAGAGAUGUGCGAGAUCAUGCAGGAAUGCUGGGACAACGAUCCUAGUCUUCGGCCAACCUUCAAGGAGCUCGCCCUCCGCGUGGACUUGAUUCGGGACGGCAGCGAUUCAGACAGAUACACUCAUGUGCCUGCAUUUUAAGAGAGAAGCUUCACUCUGUGUUCAGCUGCCACACAGAUUGCCAGCCCUGGCCCCCCGGACCUUCUUCUUAAAACUUUUCAUUGUGCCAUUGCGGCAGAUCUAACCGUUCAGAUUUAAGCACCUCAUCUCCUGUCAGAACAGUUAAGUUCAUUUAUAUCAAGAAUGUUUUAGUUGUAUUCUUUUUUGGCUUCGCUAGCAGUGCUGGCAUGCAUCGAUCUACCGACAAUGGUAUAAAUGGAUUUUAAGAAAUGCAAGAACUGUGCAUUUUUACAUCCACAUGUUUGUAUGUACAUAAAGAUGAUUUUAUAAUUUUAUAAAAAUAAAACAUGAAUGCACUUCUCACAAUAUAUGAACUGUUUGAAAGCAGUGCAAUGUAAAUGAAGAAUUUAAAAAAAUAUAUCAUUGUUUAUUGUUUGUUGUAAUGCAGGUGGUGUCUGAUUAAAAAGAUAUACAAGA